GCCUCCCCUCCCCUCCCCUCCUGGCGGGUGUGGGGCCGGUGUCCGAAGCCAGGCGGCGGCCCCCGCAGCGGCCGCAGGAGGGGCGGCGGCGGUGGGCGCCGCGGGCGAUGCCCCUGCCCGGCUGCUCCGGCGGGGGGCAGUGCGAGCGGCGGCGGCGGGGGAGGAGGCGGGGGGCGGCGGCUGCAGCAGAGGGGCCGAGAGCUGGCGGCGGCGGCGGUGGUCGUGAAGGGCAUCGGCGGCGGCGGUGAAGGCAGAGAUGAUCUGAAGAUGGAAAGAGCCAGGCGAAGGGGAGGCGGCGGCGGCCGCGGCCGCGGAGGCAAGAAUAUAGGGGGCUCUGGCCUAAGCAAGAGUAGACUGUAUCCCCAGGCCCAGCACUCCCACUACCCCCACUACGCGGCCUCAGCCACCCCUAAUCAGGCCGGGGGCGCAGCCGAAAUCCAGGAGCUGGCCUCCAAACGAGUGGACAUCCAGAAAAAGAGGUUUUACCUAGACGUGAAGCAAAGCUCACGGGGCCGCUUCCUAAAGAUAGCCGAAGUCUGGAUAGGUAGAGGCCGGCAGGACAACAUCAGAAAGAGUAAACUGACCCUCUCCCUGUCUGUGGCAGCGGAGCUGAAGGACUGUCUAGGGGACUUCAUCGAGCACUAUGCCCACCUGGGCCUGAAAGGCCACCGGCAAGAGCAUGGCCACAGCAAAGAGCAAGGCUCCAGGAGGAGACAGAAGCACUCGGCACCCUCCCCACCGAUCUCGGUGGGGUCCGAAGAGCAUCCUCAUAGUGUCCUGAAAACAGACUAUAUCGAGAGGGACAAUAGGAAAUAUUACCUAGACCUAAAGGAAAAUCAGCGGGGUCGCUUCCUACGGAUUAGACAAACCAUGAUGCGGGGGACUGGCAUGAUAGGUUAUUUUGGCCACAGUUUGGGCCAAGAACAGACUAUUGUCCUCCCAGCACAAGGAAUGAUUGAGUUUCGUGAUGCCUUGGUUCAGCUGAUUGAAGACUAUGGCGAAGGGGACAUAGAAGAACGAAGAGGUGGAGACGAUGACCCACUUGAACUCCCAGAGGGGACUUCUUUCAGAGUGGACAAUAAAAGAUUCUACUUUGAUGUGGGCUCUAAUAAAUAUGGAAUUUUCCUGAAGGUAAGUGAGGUGAGACCACCUUACCGUAAUACUAUUACUGUUCCAUUCAAAGCUUGGACAAGGUUUGGGGAGAAUUUUAUCAAGUAUGAAGAAGAGAUGAGGAAAAUUUGCAACAGCCAUAAAGAAAAGAGAAUGGAUGGCAGAAAGGCCAGUGGUGAAGAACAAGAAUGCCUCGACUAGAGUGAAAUUGAACUCCAUCAGGCAAAAUUUAAAAUCACAAAUUGGCUAAAAGUACUGAUCCAUUAUCAUUUGAAGAAGUUUUUCCUCUUUUUUUGGCCCUUUGUUAUUAGUAAUACCUCUAGUAGCUGAUACUUCAAGAAGUCUGAUUCUCACGUUAUGUUACACAUAGAUAUCACUAUAAUUCUUACGGGAAUUCCAAACUUCCCAGAGCUAAAUAGUUUAGCUGCUUCAACUGCUCCAGACUAUUGAAGUAUGCAAAUCAGCACAAAAUGUGACAUUCUAAAUACCAUAACUAAGAUUUACAUUGCACUAUGACAUAAUCCUGAAAAAAGAUACAUAUACUUCAAUGGAAGUGUGACUUUCUAGUUAACAAAUUCCCCAAAAAGUAUUUCAGUCCUACUUCAUUAAAAGCUGCUAAGCUUAUCUGUAGGGCAGUUACCCCAGAAACAGAAAUUGAUCUCAAGUAUAUAUAAAUAUAUUUAUUUAUAAAAGUACAAGUAGACAUAUAUCGUCCAUUGGAUAACUGAAUAUACCAUCAAAGGAUCAAAUCUUAUUAUCUAAUUAAACCUUAAAAAUACAGUGUCAUAGUAUUUCUUAAGAGUAACUAUAGGAUUCUAUAAUUUCAAACUUUGUGGUAACCCUACAUUUUAUAGUUGCCAUAUCAAAGCCAUGGGAGAGUUUUAAUUGGUUAUUCUAAGUUUAGUUACAGUCCCUUCUUUACCUCUACUUACUGUUUUACGUAUUUUUAUUGACUUUUCCAAGUUUCAGGAAUUACUUUUAUGUCACAUUGAGUGGGAGGCUUCAUCCAAUGGCUUUGCUAUGGAAAUCUUGGUGUUUUAGCUUUUCAUGCUAAUUUGAAGAUUGUGAGCGGUUUCUUCCCCAAAAUAUAUCAUGGACUCAAGGUGUUAUA